AUGCACACGGCGCCAAGAUAUUCAACAACUAGCAUACUUGUUGAUGAGUUUCGUACAACUACAACGACAGGUAAGAUUUAAAAUAACCGCAAUUUUAAGAGCGUAGUUUAAUCUGUAAACCCGAUAGCAGGUGGAACUGAACUAUUUAUAUUUUUUUGAGUGACUUCGAAAAACUCGCAUGUGUUUAUGACAUAUUUUUUCACUUUUUUUUAUAUCUUGGGAAUCGUUUUUCAAAUGUUUUUUAUUCACUCACAAUUUUAUUGUUCCGAUCAAAUUGAAAAAUCCCAACAGACACUGGAGAAAACAAAUAGUAAAACCAACAAAGAAUCAUAAAUAAUUCUGAAUUUGGAGAUCCCUAAAUCAAAACAAAAAAGCACAUUUUUGCAUCCCCUUUUUUUCUGGUUGGGCGGUUGUUUGGUAACCCUGAUUUUUUUCUUCGAGAUUGGCGUGAAAUUUGAAGAAUUUCCGAUACCGAUUCAAUUUCAUUUCAUUUUAUAUUUAUCUUUUUAUUUCUGUCUUGCACUCACUCAAGAAUUUUUUUCCAGCUGAAAAAAAACUCGGAAAUAAAAAAAAUUCACAUUACAACAUUUUAUUUUGAUGAACAAUUAGGUGUUCGAUGUCAGCUGCCUGAAAUUAUUUUGAUAUCAAUUUUUUAUUGAUUUAGCCUCCGUCAAAAAAUGUCUAGCAAAAAUGAAAUCAUUUAUGAACCCGAAAAACUCCCAUAUUUCUUUUUUGGCGCCAAACCAACUAACCUGAGCAACGUGUCAAGAGCCUCAUGAAUAAGAAACUAUGAAUGAAUACAAUUUGAGAAUGUCAAUUCAAUUUAUUUCUGUCCAACAACUUCUCUCAACAUUUUCAUGUUUUUUCUUUUUUCUUCGGAUUUUGAUUAUUCUUGUGAGAGAAAUAAAAAAAUGUAGCAAAGCAUGCUGAAAAAAAGAAGAAAUUACAUUUUCUUCUAGUAGGCUGAAAAAAAAGCACAGAAGCUUGAUUUCUUUUUGUUUUUGUCAGUCGGAAAUAUUACUGUUUUUCUAGGUAUAGCCAUGGAUGAACGGGUUGUUUUGAAUGUCGGUGGAGUGAGGCACGAAACAUAUCAAGCGACGCUGAAAAAGAUCCCAGCAACAAGACUUAGCAGGUUAGUUCUGAUUUUGAUGUUUAUGAAAUUGAAAAAAACAAAAAAUUGAAAUUCAUCAAGGUGAUCAUUUUUGUUCUUCUUUUUUACUAAUAAAUUGUUGAGCCGAAUUCGAAAAAAUUGUGUCAAGAGUGAAGGUGUUUUUUUUUUCUCAAGAGUUUUUAUCGUUAGAAUCGGCUAGAAAACUACUUGAAUUCUAUAAAAAUGAAUUAGAUUUUUCAACCGAUUUCACAAUAUGUUUUCUCUAUUAUAAAAAUUCAUUUUAAAAUCCAACUUUUUUUUCAACUCUCUUUAUUCCAGAUUAACACCAUCACUAGCAAAUUUCGACCCGUUAUUAAAUGAAUACUUUUUUGAUCGACAUCCAGCAGUUUUUGCGCAGGUGCUAAAUUAUUACCGAACUGGAAAACUCCACUAUCCAACUGAUGUGUGUGGUCCACUUUUUGAAGAAGAAUUACAAUAUUGGGGAUUAGAUGCUUCAGAUACAGAACCAUGUUGUUGGAUGCAACUACUUCAUGCAAAGUGAGUUCAGAAAUAUUUAAUUUUUCUAGAAAAAAAUUUUUUUUUUCAGAGACACACAGGAAACGUUAGCAGUUCUCGAUCGGAUGGAUGUUGAUAAAGAAGAUGAUCCAACACUUCGAGAGCAAGAUACAAUGAAAAAAUUUGGAUGGGAAGAGGAUUUUUUUCAAGGAAAACGGACAAAGUGGAUGUAUUUAAAACCAAGGAUAUGGGCAUUGUUUGAUGAACCAUACAGUUCACAAUAUGCAAAAUAUAUAGCUGGAAUUUCAGUCUGCUUCAUUUUUAUUAGUAUUUUCUCAUUUUGUAUGAAGACGCAUCCAAGUUUCAGGAUCCCGAAUAUCUUAUCAAAUAUUACUAUAAGCGAGUGAGUUGGAAAUUUUUGGAAGUUGUGAAUUACUAAAAAUCAGAUAUUCAAAAUUUAAAACUGAAAUAUUUAUGCAAAAAAUACUGAAACAACUUUGUUUUUGUAUUUGUUUUCUCAUACAAAAUUCGAGUAAAUUAUGAAAAGAAUUCCAUUUUCUUUGAAAGAUUGAAAUGACUGGUUACCACGGUUUUCCUAAUAACAUUUUUUUCAGCGGAAAAAUGGAUAUUCUGCUGGAACGUAAAAGUACAGAAGCAUUGCCUAUUUUCUCUCAUAUUGAGUUGAUUUGUAACAUUUGGUUCACUAUAGAAAUUAUUAUUCGAUUUUUGUUCUGCCCAUCAAAAGUUCGAUUUUUCCGAAGUCCUUUAAAUAUUAUUGACUUGGUAAGGAAUCUUGUAUCAUAUCUUUUCAUGUUUUGUUUGUUUUAGGUUGCUACUUUGUCAUUUUAUGCAGAUGGUAUUAUUUCAAAAUUAAACAAUGUAGAAGAGUCGAAAGAUGUGAUCGAGUUUUUGUCAAUGAUCAGAAUUUUCCGAUUAUUCAAAUUAACCCAACAUCACCAAGGAUUACAAAUUUUGAUUCAUACAUUCAGAGCAAGUGCAAAAGAAUUGAUACUACUCGUAUUUUUCCUAAUCCUGGGUAUUGUAAUUUUUGCCGCACUUGUUUAUUAUGCCGAAAAAAUGGAAGUCAAUCCAAACAAUCAAUUUCAAUCAAUUCCUCUGGGACUUUGGUGGGCAAUUUGUACAAUGACAACAGUUGGAUAUGGCGAUAUGACACCACACACAUCAUUUGGUAGAUUAGUUGGAUCACUUUGUGCAGUUAUGGGUGUAUUAACAAUUGCACUUCCUGUUCCUGUUAUUGUUUCAAAUUUCGCAAUGUUCUAUUCUCAUAAUCAGGCAAGAGAAAAACUUCCAAAAAGACGAAGAAGAGUUUUGCCAGUAGAACAAAUAAGACUGCAAGCUCGAAGACAUGCUGCAGUUCUAGAACCAUCUGGAAGUGAACCACAAACUGGUGUGAGACGAAGAAAUAUGGGAAGUAUUAUUGAUCGACAAAAUAGCAAAGGUCAGCAGAAAGAAAAUUCUGGUUAGUAAUGAUUUGUAGAUGGGGUGGGUAUUAAAAGAGAGCUUCUCCUUGAGGAGGGGGAUGGGAAUUCUGUUGUUUUAGAAAAAAUGUCCAUUUUUAUAUGAAGCUUCGGUGGGACCUUUAUUGACUAGUGAAAUUCUGAUGCCUACAGACCAAGUGUUUUUCACUACCUCUUAAUCAAUAUUGAAUUUCUACUAUUAUUCUUAUUCAAAUUUCAGAUGAUGGAACAAAUACAUCAAGCACAACUGGUUUUGACACUGUUGUUAACAUUGGAUCAUGUGAGCACGGAGCAAUUGCAACUACUGUAAUCGCAUAA